AUGGCCAAAGCACGCAAAUUAGCGGUGGUAGGGUCCCGGAGUGUCGGGAAAUCCAGCAUGACGGUCCGGUUCGUUGAAGACCAUUUCGUGGAGUCGUAUUACCCCACCAUCGAGAACCAGUUUUCCAAAACCAUAGAGUUCAAAAACCAAGAAUAUGCUAUCGAAAUCCUUGAUACUGCGGGCCAGGACGAAUUUUCCAUGAUGAGUGAAAAGCACUUGAUCGGGGUCCAUGGAUACUUGCUAGUCUACUCGGUUUCAUCCCGCCAGUCGUUUGAAAUGGUGGAAGUUAUUCGCGACAAGAUCUUGAAUGCCAUUGGAAACGACAAUAUUCCGCUUGUUCUUGUGGGUAACAAAUCAGAUUUGGAGUACCAGCGCCAGGUAGAGCAUUCAGAUGGUUUGAAGCUUGCCGAGCGUUUUGGAUGUCCUUUCAUGGAACUGUCUGUGAAGGAAAAUAUCAACGUUAACUCGGUGUUUGAAACCCUCAUCGAUCGGGUGGAAUCAGUACAGAACCCCAAGUCCAAGCCAGAGGAGAAAUGUGUCAUAAUGUAG